CAGCUGACUGACAUCACGAGUCUGUUGACUGGCAUCACGUGACCACGGCUCUCCCAGUCACAACAGACAUGGCGGCCGCCGCCCGUGGAGUAUUGCUCCUCUCUCUGUUAGUUCUGCUGCUGAACGCGACGCUCUGCAGCGGCGACACGUACAGGAGACAGUUGUCUCUGGAGUUGAACCCGGGUCUCAACUCCUCCGUCUCCCCGCUUCCCCCGGGCAUCAACCUCAUCCACAUCCGGUCGCUAGGCGACGGGGACACUCUGCACUUCCUGUUGUGUAACCAAGGACCACCGACCCUCCUCAUCGUCCACACCAACAGCACCUCCUCCUCCGUCCAGGUGGACUGGCCAGCCUUCCUGUCUGGUAACAACAGCGGGAGCCUGCGGGUGGAGCCAGAGAACUCUGUCCUCCACAGCAACGCUCUGGUCUUAGUCAGGCUCUGGGAGUACGAUGACCUCAACGACACGGCCGACCCCCAGACGGCCCCCCCCUCCAGCUUCCUGCCUCCGUACGAGCUGAGCCGCUUCCAGUGGGGGCCGCUGAACAGCAGCACCCUGGACCCCCAGGGGCCCGGGGGCCCCGAGGCCCGGCUCUGUGGGGGCGAUGGGUCCCCGGCCUUCAGCCAGGGGGAGCUCUGCCUCCAGCUGUCGGCGUUCGGGUCGGGGGGCCGGGCGGCGGGCUGGCCCGGGCUGCUCCACAGCGCCAACUCCUCCCAGCUGGCGUUCUGGUUGCAGGGGGUCCGGCCGCGGGCCGACUGCGCCCGCUUCCUGCUGGAGCUGCAGGGCCUGGGCCGACCCCACGGCCCCGGGAGGGUGGAGGUCAGGAGGUCCAUCGACGACGAGUACAGCCCCUCCAUCUUCACCGUGUCCCAGUGGCUGGCCGCGCCCCCCGACCCGGCCUCCCCGGUCCUGGGGUUCGUCCAGUGGCGCCCGGUGGCGUACCGCCGGCCGCAGCCCGAGUUCAGCGACGCCACGCCCUGCCACCACAGCGCGCCGGCGGCGGUGGAGGCGGCGCCCUCGGGGCUGGGGCGGGCCUUCUACGGGGCGGAGGCCGAGGCCAGCGGCCUCAACAUCAGCUUCGGCCAGCCAGGGGAGCCCUCCUACAACACCACCCAGUACCUGAGCUGGACGGUGCUGGCUGGCGUCGGGGCCCCCCCGGCGGACUCCUUCUCCCCCCUGGUCAUCUCCAUCAUGGCCGUGGGCCUCGGGACCCCCCUGCUGCUCCUGCUGCUGGGCGGGGUCUUCGUCUGCGUCAGGAAGCCCCGCCUGGCCGAGGGGCAGGCCUACCGGCCAAUCAACUAGCACCACCGCCUGGCCGAGUGGCAGGGCUACCGGCCAAUCAGCUUGGACCACCGCCUGGCCGAGUGGCAGGGCUACCGGCCAAUCAACUAGGACCACUGUCUCUGAGGCCUCAGAAGGGACUUUAAACGCUCUGGUUGGAGUUUGAAUCCUCAGGUGCCUUGCUCAAGGGCUUGUUCUACUGUAGGACAUUGAACUUGUUUUUAGCAUUUUCUGUAUAAAACACAAUUUUUAUUGCAAUUUUCUGAGACUGUUGAACAAUUUCUUCCAUGAUUAUUGAAAUUGAAUUAUUGUUUGUUUUUGUCAUUGUUGUACAAAGCUUCGUGUUUUACAAAUGGAAUUAUUGAAUUGAAUUGGAACUGAAUGGAAUUACAAAUAAACCCUGAAUCUAACUGGGAAA